CUCACCUCUUCUAUAUCAUCUCAUCUCCUCAAAGCCACAGUCAAAACACCGUCACCGCUGCAAUUUUCUUUCCACUACCAUUUUCUUGCCAAAAUCUUGUUGCCAGGAAACACAAAAUACCUAUAGCGUUCACUUACCCAAACACCAAGUAUCUGUACUUUUUCUGACCACUACAACCGUUACAACUUAAGUUACACUCUUUCUGCAUUACGUAGAAGAGAGACAAAAAGUUUUGCAUAAUCUUGGUGGAUAGGUUACCGGAGAUGGCUAAUAGUGAUCCUGCCGUGUUUCCGUCGACUAACGUAGAAUUUCCACAUAGAGUAGCGUUACCACCAAAGCAACCAUUUGUGAAGUCAUUAAAAUCUUCUCUGAAAGAAACUUUCUUCCCAGAUGAUCCGCUCAGGCAAUUCAAAAACCAAACACCAACAAAGAAGUUGUUGUUAGGUUUUCAAUAUUUCUUACCUAUACUUGAAUGGGCUCCUCGUUAUACUUUUAGUUUCUUCAAAUCUGAUCUUAUAUCUGGUAUUACUAUUGCUAGUCUUGCUAUUCCUCAAGGAAUCAGUUAUGCUAAACUUGCUAACUUACCACCCAUUCUUGGCUUAUAUUCAAGCUUUAUUCCGCCGUUGGUGUACGCCAUGAUGGGUAGUUCAAGAGAUCUAGCAGUCGGUACAGUUGCCGUUGCAUCUCUACUAACUGCAUCGAUGUUAGGAGAAGUAGUUCAUGCUGGUGAAAAUCCAACGGAAUAUCUUUAUUUAGCUUUCACCGCUACAUUCUUUGCUGGAGUUUUUCAAGCUUCCCUAGGCUUCUUAAGACUUGGGUUUAUUGUGGAUUUUCUGUCACAUGCAACCAUAGUUGGAUUCAUGGCAGGAGCAGCAACAGUUGUGAUACUGCAACAGUUAAAAGGGAUUCUUGGUCUUGAACAUUUCACCCAUGGUACUGAUAUCAUGUCGGUCAUGCGGUCCGUGUUUACCCAAGUUGAUGAGUGGAGAUGGGAAAGUGGUGUUUUGGGAUGCUGCUUCUUGUUCUUUCUCUUGCUUACAAGAUUCUUUAGCAAGAAAAGACCAAAGUUCUUCUGGAUAGCAGCAAUGGCACCACUGACUUCAGUUAUCCUGGGAAGUCUCCUCGUUUAUUUCACCCAUGCCGAGAAACACGGUGUUCAAGUGAUCGGGAAUCUAAAGAAAGGGCUAAACCCACUUUCGAUUACCCAUUUAGCAUUCGGAUCUCCACACUUGAUGGCAACAAUUAAAACUGGGAUCAUCACGGGUAUUAUCGCUAUGGCUGAAGGAGUUGCAGUUGGAAGAAGUUUUGCGAUGUUCAAGAAUUAUCACAUUGAUGGGAACAAAGAAAUGAUAGCUUUCGGAAUGAUGAAUAUUGCUGGUUCUUUCACUUCUUGUUACUUGACAACAGGUCCUUUUUCGAGAUCGGCUGUGAAUUUCAACGCCGGAUGCAAGACUGCGGUCUCAAACAUUGUUAUGGCCGUAGCAGUGAUGAUAACAUUGUUGUUUCUAACACCUUUGUUCCAUUACACGCCUCUAGUGGUACUAUCUUCUAUUAUUAUCUCCGCAAUGCUUGGCAUUAUCGACUACAACGCUGCAGUUCAUUUAUGGAAGGUCGACAAGUUUGAUUUCAUAGUUUGCAUAUCUGCUUUCCUUGGAGUCGUCUUUGCUAGUAUCGAAAUUGGCUUAAUUUUAGCGGUUUCAUUGUCAAUGCUUAGAGUCAUCCUGUUUAUUGCUAGACCAAGGACAUUUGUUCUUGGAAACAUAUCCAAUUCCAUGGUUUAUAGAAAUGUUGAGCAAUAUCCAGUUGCUAACAGUGUUCCUGGUGUUCUUAUACUUCAAAUUGAUGCUCCUAUCUACUUUGCCAACUCAGGAUACUUGAGAGAACGAAUUUCAAGAUGGAUUGACGAAGAAGAAGAAAAGAUAAGAUUAUCAGGAGAGACAAGUUUACAAUAUGUCAUCCUCGAUUUGAGUCCUGUGGGUAGCAUCGACACAAGUGGGAUUAGCAUGCUCGAGGAAGUUAAGAAGAAUGCUGAUAGAAGAGGACUCAAGCUUUUAUUGGCAAACCCUGGAAGUGAAGUGAUGAAGAAACUAGACAAAUCAGAUUUGUUAGAAGAAAUAGGUCAAGAGUGGAUAUAUCUAACGGUUGGAGAUGCAGUAGGAGCAUGUAACUUCAUGCUCCACACUUACAAACCAACUUCCUUAGUAGUUGAUCCAGUUAUGACUUCUGAGCCGAGAGUCGACAGUGUAUAAAAGACCAAAGAUUCUGGUUCCUCCAAUAACAAAGUGGCUUUUUAAACGUUUUCUUCCAAUUAAGGAUUAUGUGCCAAAUGCCCUAUCUAGUCUAGUCUUGUAAUAGAGAUGUAUCAAAAUAUUUUCCGCCAUAGCAAUUUGAAGGCUUUCUUCUGUAUCUUCUUCCGAGAACCAAGAACUUCUUCCAAGAACCAAGAAAAUUGUUGUAAUAUGUAUAUUGAAGUUUAAAUAUUUGCUUCUUGGGAUUUUGACAUGUAUUGGCAAUUCCAUUGAGGCUCUGUCUUUGACCGAA